CGCCAUUUUGAUUACGAUAGCACAAGGAUCGGUAAACGGAGGGUGACUUAUUAUUGUUUUCAUUGUAUAGCUAUAAAUUGAAGUACAUAUAGAAAACGCUUUUUAGGAAUACUAGAAAUGGCCACUGGAGCAAAUGCAACCCCAUUGGGCAAGUUGCAUCCUAGUAUUGGCGCAAAAAGAGGAUUUGAUGCUGGGCCUGGAGCGGGCAAUGGGCUAAUGCCAACGCCAGGGCCUCCUGCAUCUUUCCCGUCCAUACCGGGCUUCCAGCCACCCAUGCCAAAUCAGCCCUUUCCGCAGUUUAACGCCGGUCCAGGCUUUUCUCAGCCACCACAAGGAGCUCCUGGUGGCGGCAUGGCCAAACAAGAUUUUGGUCAAAAGAAGAGGAAGAGGAGCCGGUGGAGCAGUGAAACACCUGACCAGAAGACUAUUAUACCAGGCAUGCCCACAGUUAUCCCACCCGGACUCACGCGAGAGCAAGAGAGAGCUUACAUAGUCCAACUGCAGAUUGAAGACCUGACUCGUAAACUGCGUACAGGAGACCUGGGAAUCCCUGUUAACCCUGAGGACAGGUCGCCCUCUCCUGAGCCGAUCUACAACAGCGAGGGCAAGAGGCUAAACACCCGAGAAUAUCGGACACGCAAGAAGAUCGAAGAGGAGCGCCACUCCCUCAUCACUGAAAUGCUGGCUCUGAACCCCGAAUUCAAACCACCUGCUGAUUAUAAACCUCCUGCCACCAGAGUCAGUGACAAAGUUAUGAUUCCUCAAGAUGAAUACCCUGAAAUCAACUUUGUAGGCUUGCUAAUUGGCCCACGAGGUAACACACUAAAAAACAUUGAGAAGGAGUGUUGUGCCAAGAUUAUGAUCCGUGGGAAAGGCUCUGUUAAGGAGGGGAAGGUUGGCAGAAAAGACGGGCAGAUGUUGCCAGGGGAAGAUGAGCCUCUUCAUGCUCUGGUCACUGCCAACACCAUGGAGAAUGUCAAGAAGGCAGUAGAGCAGAUCCGCAACAUUCUCAAACAAGGCAUUGAAACUCCAGAAGAUCAGAAUGAUCUGCGGAAGAUGCAGCUGAGAGAGCUAGCCAGACUCAAUGGUACAUUGAGAGAAGAUGACAACAGGAUUCUGCGCCCAUGGCAGAAUGCAGAGCCCCGUAGCAUCACAAAUACUACCUUGUGUACCAAAUGUGGUGGAGCAGGCCACAUCUCCUCUGACUGCAAAUACUCCAGCACUUUUGCUGCUCACAGGGCCACUGGAGGAGAGCCACCUCAGUCUGCCCAAGACAAAGCUCGUAUGGAUAAAGAAUACCUGUCCCUAAUGGCUGAGCUGGGAGAAGCUCCUGUCCCCUCAUCUGGAGGACACACCAGUCCCCCAGGGGGCGCACCUCGGCCUACAGGACCCAAUAGCAAUCAGGCUCCUCCUAACCGGCCUCCAUGGAUGAACUCUGGACCAGGAGAGAACAGAAACUUCCAUGGCAUGCCUGGGGGACCUGGUGGACCACACAACUUUCCUCCUCCCAUGUCCAACAUGGGAGGUCCUCCUAUGCCUCCAAAUCCCAAUGGAAUGCCUCCUCCCUGGAUGCAGCCCCCUCCUCCCCCAAUGGGCCAUGGUCCAGGACCUCAUGGACAUCCCAUGGGUUUACUUCCGCCACCCAUGGGCAUGAUGCCACCUCCACCUCCACCCCCUGGUAAUCAGCCACCUCCUCCCCCAUCAGGACCUCUUCCACCAUGGCAGCAGCAAGCUCCGCCCCCACCUCCUACCAGCAGCAUGGCUACCAGCACACCAAUGCCCUGGCAACAGAAUACCACCACUACGUCCAGCCCUGGCACAGGCAGUCUACCACCCUGGCAACAACCCCAGCAACCUGCUGCCUCUGGAGCCCAGCCUCCACCUCCCAUGGGAAGUAGCUCCAUGGUCCCACCCCCUCCUGGAGUCCAGCCUCCACUGCCCCCAGGUGCACCACCUCCUCCCCCUCCACCUCCUCCUGGCUCUUCUGGCAUGAUGUAUGCCCCUCCACCACCGCCUCCACCCAUGGACCCUAACUUUGUCACAAUGAUGGGGAUGGGUGUACCGGGCAUGCCCCCAUUUGGUAUGCCCCCUGCACCACCUCCACCCCCACCCCAGAGUUAAGCCUGCCACUGUUAAGUCAUUCAACUGCACCAUGUUGUUCAGCAGUUCCUCAAUAGACUGUGAUUGAAGAGCUUUGUAUCUGCUCACACCAUCAUUAACAGUGCUUUAUUUUUAUUCAACUUUAAUAUUGUGAAUACGUAUCAUAUUGAUGUAGAUACAAAUCCAGCAGGCCUUGAAUACAUGUUCUGUAAUGCUAACGCGCUGAACUUUUGCAAUGUAAUUAUCCACAUUGAUUGGAUUCACUUAUAAUCUGAAAGAGCAUGCAUGAGGAACGCCUGUCAUAACUGUGUUCCCUUCAUUGUUGGCUUUGAUUUGACUAAAAUUAAUAUUUUUGUAAACAAUGUGAAUUGUACUUAAGUUCUGUUCUAUCGAAAAACUCUUCAGUAGUAAUGUCUUGUUUUUCAAAAAGCUUGCAUUGGUUUUUAAUGUUUUGUUGUUUUUGACUAUUGCAGCAAGUGUGAAAGUGAUAAUUGGUUAUACACAUAUGUAAGCCCAGGCUCCAGCGCUACAGAAACAAUAUUUGACUUUUUCUGUAUUUCCCUCAACAGAAUUUUGAGGAGCUGUAUGCUGUGUCAAUGUAGCUUCUCUAAAGACUAUAAAAUGUUUUACUCAUGUUACUACACAUGGUCUUUACUAUGAGGCUGUAAAUUAGUAGCUGAUCUUGCUUGGUUAGUAUUAAAUGAUUCAAUUCAAA